CAAAUUUACAUUCGAUAUUCAGUGCUGAUAAAGGUAAAUGACGCGAGCCCACAGUUUGAGUUGCGGGUGAGACCUCAGCGUCGGUGUGCUACUCACAUCUAUGGUCUCGCUGGAGUAGGGUGUCUCGUGUUCCUUACCAAAUGAUCUCGCUUGUCUCAACCCACCGUAACGGCGUACCAAUGGAGAAAGGAAUCGGCACGCUUGAGGAUGGAAUGGCUCUGCAGCUAGCACUCGAGUUGUCGAGACUGAACGUGAACAACCACGAACCCGGAUUCGCCGACGGAGGCGCGUUCGACGAGGGACGCGGUGCGUCGCGCUACAAGUCGAACAAUACGACAGAACGCGUUCCUGUGCCGAGCUCGGAGCACGUGGCGGAGAUCGUUGGCAGACAAGGAUGCAAGAUCAAGGCGCUGCGAGCGAAGACGAACACGUACAUCAAGACGCCCGUUCGAGGCGAGGAACCCUUCUUCGUCGUCACCGGUCGUCGCGAGGACGUGGCAAUGGCGAAACGCGAGAUUCUGGCGGCCGCCGAGCAUUUCUCACAGAUCCGUGCAAGCAGGAAAGCGUCUGCGUCGCAGUCGCCUCCGAUCACGUCACCGGGAGUCGCCGUUCAGCCUCCAACGCCGUUCGGCGGAGACAACCAUAUUACUAUCCGAGUGCGAGUGCCGUAUCGAGUCGUCGGGCUCGUGGUUGGUCCGAAAGGAGCGACAGUCAAACGGAUUCAACAGUUGACCAACACGUAUAUCAUAACGCCGUCUCGAGAUCGAGAGCCGUGCUUCGAGGUGACGGGCACGCCCGAAAACGUGGAGAUCGCGAAGCGAGAAAUAGAAAGUUACAUUGCGCUGCGCACUGGGGGCUCAGUCGACGGCUCGUCGGACGAUGCUGACUAUCCUUUGUCUCCAACGGGAGAUAUCAAUGGCUCGAUCGUUGCCGAUCCGAUCUAUACGUCGGCCGCGCAUCAUUACUCGACGCUGCGCGAGGCGCAGAUGAAUCGAGCGAACCAGUUUGUGGCGGCGGUGCCGCCGCGUGGAGGAGACGGGAUGUAUCGAUCCUUGUCGCCCAGUGGCGUUCAAGCCUUCACCCAGUUCCAGUUUCCUAAGACCGGAAGUCAGGAUGAUGAUACGUUUGGGCCCGGAAGUCACGUGUUUGAUCAAGGGAUGGAUCCGAUGGCGGUGCCACCGCGUCAGAACUCAUCACGUCAGAGUGGGUCGAUCUGGUCAUAUCAGAGAGGGAGUUUUGGUGGACAUUAUCGAAGCGAGGCGAGUGCCUUUCAGCCACCCAGGCGUGGACUUGUGUUUGAUGAUGCGAUGCGUCCGAUGACGUUGGGUAAACCGUUGCAAGGGAGAGGUGCAUUCGGACGCACCGUGAGCGAGCCCUACGGACUCAGUACGCUUCCACUCACCAGUCCGACCAUGAAUCUGGGUCCGAUUGGGUCGACACCGGACAUACCGGGAUUGAAUUCUGUGUCGUCUGGGAUGAGCACGAAAAGUAACGGUACAGCUAUCCUACAGCAGAACGGGAGUGUUAGUUCGUCAAGCGAGGGCUCGUCGCGUCAAUCUCAGUCUCCAACGGAGAACAAGGCGAAGGAAUGUGCUCAGUGUUCCACCAGGGAAGUCGUCGCUGCUCUCGUUCCGUGCGGUCACAACCUGUGGUGCAUGGAGUGCGCCGCAGACAUCAUGGACGAUCACCAGAAGUGUCCAAUGUGCAUGAAGGAUGUCAUCUCGGUCCUUCGAAUUCAUCAGAACUGAUUAUUUCUUCACACUAGAGUGGCUCACUUUAUGGAUGGGAGUUGUCGACUGCGAUCAUCCCCGGAGCACAUUUAAUCUUUAUCCCCCCUACAUGUUUCAGCAUCUAUUUUGAGUAAGCUAAUCAAAUCGCAUAAUAUCCUCAUCUCUGCAGUCUUGUAGAUGUCUAGCACCCAGACCUGGUGGUAUUUUGAUGGCCUAACCAGAAGUUCCUCAUUCUAGAAUCAGAGACAUGCCAAUAUGAAUUGAUAUAUUUUAUAGCCAGAGCAUUGGUUUCCUAAUUAUCAGCAGUCUGCCAGAUCCACUAUUAUAAUGGAAAUGUUAGUGGUAUAGUUUGUGCAAUCUUGACUUUAGUUUUUCUAGAUAAAUUUUAUUUGUUGGACUUAUGUGAGAGCUAACCCAAGACCAGCUGGUUUUUUAUGACUGUUCCAAUGUCAUGUUAUCUAGUCUUGACUUGGAGCAGGGGUUAUGAGCAAUACAUUUACUUGUUGUAUCUA